AUGGACAGAACAGCCUUCAACUGGACUAGCAACUGGUCAGCACCAGUCGUGUGGCAUGACAAUUACAAUGAAGAUGUGUUGAAAAAGUAUUAUGCGAAUCAUAAAGUAACUGUGGGGUUGACGGUGUUUGCUGUGGGCAGCUACGUGAAGAACUAUCUGCGCACGUUUCUUUCCUCUGCCGACAGACACUUCAUGGUGGGCCAGAAAGUCAUCAUCUACGUCAUGACGGAUGACCUGGCCGGUGCGCGCUGGGAGUCCCCGGGUCUCCAGCGCACCGUCCGCGUGUUCCCAGUCGAGCGCCAGCAGCGCUGGCAGGACAUCAGCAUGAUGCGCAUGAAGACCCUCAGCGAGCACAUCGCCGCCCACAUCCGGCACGAGGUGGACUUCCUCUUCUGCAUGGACGUGGACCUGGUCUUCCAGAAGGACUACGGGCCGGAGGCCCUGGGAGAGUCCGUGGCCCAGAUCCACGCUUACUGGUACAACAGGAACCUGGCCCUGUGGCCGUACGACAGGAGCCAGUGGUCGGCCGCAUCCAUGCCCAGUGGGGAGGGGGAUUUUUAUUACCACGCGGCGGUGUUUGGGGGCACCCCGCAGCGCGUGCUCCACCUCACCCGCACGUGCUUCCAGGGCAUCAUGAAGGACAAGGAGAACAACGUCGAGGCGGUGUGGCACGAUGAGAGUCACUUAAACAAGUAUUUCUUCUUCCAUAAACCCAGUAAACUCUUAUCCCCGGAAUACUGCUGGGAUUUCCGUUUAAACAAGCAAAGUGAUGUUAACGUCAUCAAGGUGUACUGGGCUGUUAAGAACUUAGCGGAUACUCAUGGACAACCAACCUUUAGUUCUGUGCACCACCUGGGCCGGUUCAUCCGCUCAGCAGAUCAGCAUUUCAUGAUGGGCUGCCAUGACAUCUACCUGCUCAUGGACGACUUCUCACUGAUGCCCAGUGUCAACCCACUCCCCAAGCUCUCCAUCACGCUCUUCCCUGCCACUGAUGCUAUCUAUAACGCACACUUCCACGUGCUAGACUCACGCUUCCACCUGCUAGACUGA